AUGGGAAAUCUUUUGAUGAAUAUUUUCCCAGUAAUCCUGUUGGUGUUUUUGGGGCACAAUGUAGAAGGUCUUGGGGUGAACUGGGGUGACAUCUCCUCCCACAAGUUGCCUCCUAAAGAUGUGGUCAAAAUGUUGCAAGAAAAUGGCAUUAAGAAAGUGAAGCUUUUCAAUAAUGAUGAAACUAUCUUGAAUGCCUUAACAGGAACUGGCAUUGAGGUCAUGAUUGGCAUUUCCAAUCAACUCCUCAAGGAUCUGGUCAAUCCCGAUGUAGCCAAGAAAUGGGUAAAAGAAAAUGUCAUUCGUUAUGACCCUAAGUCUCCUAAAGGUGUUAAUAUCACACUUAUAGGUGUUGGAAAUGAGCCAUUUUUGAGAGAUUAUAAAGACACACUAACAAAUGUGACAGGGCCAGCAUUAGAGAACAUCCAAAAUGCACUAAAUGAUGCUGGACUUGGUGACACCACCAAGGCCACUGUACCUUUAAAUGCUGAUGUUUACUUGUCACCAAGCUGGAAUCCUGUCCCUUCUGCUGGGUUUUUUCGCUCUGACAUCGUCGAUCCUCUCAACUACAUUCUUAAGAUAUUGAACAAAAACAACGCCCCUUUCAUGGUCAAUAUUUAUCCUUUUCUUAGUCUUUUCUAUGGAAAUGGUGCGUUCCCUUUUGACUACGCCUUUUUUGAUGGUGUGAGCAAUCCUCUUAAGGACAAAGAUGGUGUUGAAUACACCAAUUGCUUUGACGCCAAUCUUGACACUUGCGCAGCUGCUCUGGCUGGAGCAGGGUAUAAAAAUAUGACCAUUAUGGUAGGAGAAAUGGGAUGGCCUACAGAUGGAAACCCUUAUGCCAAUGUGACAUUGGCUGAGAAGUUUUACAAAGGAUUCGUAUCAUAUCUUGCCAAAGGAAAAGGCAGUCCACGUCGCCCUGGAACUAUUGAGGCUUACCUAUUUGCCUUAUUUGAUGAGGAUAGAAAGAGCACACUCCCAGGAAACUUUGAGACACAUUGGGGACUCUACUAUGAAGAUGGAACACCAAAGCUCCCUCUUGAUUUUCAUGGAAAGAAAAAGACUCUUGUGCCUGUACCAAAUGUGGAGAAACUAUCCAAAAAAUGGUGUGUGAUAAAGCCAGAUGUUAAGAAUUUUACAGACCUUAUGACAUAUGCUUGUGACCGUGCUGAUUGUACGCCUCUUACUAAUGGAUCAUCUUGCCAAAACCUUAGUGACGCGGCCAAGGCUUCAUAUGCAGUGAAUGCUUAUUUCCAAUAUCAACAACAAAAAGAUGAAAGUUGUGAUUUUGAAGGCAAGGCAAUAGUAACCACAAAGGAUCCAUCUGAUAGGACUUGCAACUUCACCAUUGGAUUUAAGACACUUACUCCUCUUGCUCCUUCUCCUUCCCCUCUGCCUUCUUCGGAUCACUCAUCGUCUUCAGAUGCCAAGGCUCCAUCCUCAUCAUCCACUUCCCCUUCAUCUCCAAAAUCAACCUUUGCUUCUAUGGGAAUCAUUUUUCUUGUUUCACUAUUUUUCAUGUAG